GAGAGCGGAUAUAGUGAAUGCAGGGUCCGGGGAGAAAGGAUAUAGUGAAUGCGGGGUCCGGGGAGAAAGGAUAUAGUGAAUGCGGGGUCCGGGGAGAAAGGAUAUAGUGAAUGCAGGGUCCGGGGAGAGCGGAUAUAGUGAAUGCAGGGUCCGGGGAGAGCGGAUAUAGCGAAUGCGGGGUCCGGGGAGACGCGGAUAUAGUGAAUGCGGGGUCCGGGGAGAGCGGAUAUAGUGAAUGCGGGGUCCGGGGAGAGCGGAUAUAGUGAAUUCAGGGUCCAGGGUUUAGUAACACUUUAAUUGCAA